AUGCCUAAUACAUUUAUAAAAGCUAUUACUAGUGAUGGUAUAUCACAGGGUAUUGAUCCAUUAACAAUGGCUACUAUAUGGCAAGAUGCCAACUUUCGUACAACACAUAAUACUUAUAUCCACUCUAUGAAGGAUAUAACCAAUGAUAAUGUUAUGGUUGUGGAAUACUCAGUCUCUGGAUAUGUACCUGGGUAUACUCAUACUCAUAAAUCAUCUAUUGUUGAAGUUAAGAUAUUCAAUGUAGUACUCUUUGAAAACGACGAUGCUGGUGAUGCUAAUACAAAGAUUACUAUGGGUGGAUUGGUGCCUGUUGGUGGUAAAACUGAAAAGUUUAAGUUAAUAACCUCCAUCAACAACAACAUAAGCAUCAUUUUAUUUACCAAUACUACUACUGAUGCUACUACUGAUGAUACUCAUGCUGAUACUGAUGCUGAUGCUGCUAUUAUGAUGCAAUAA